AUCGCUAUCCGCACCUUACGUUAACUUACAUCAAUUACUUAGCUCUAGAGUGGAGCGUAGUUUUUAGAAAGUCAAUGUCCAAAUCAAAGGAUUCAACUACAGUUUCGUUACUCACCGGAGCUUCCGUGGAUAGCGCCAGCAGGACACGCGCUCAACAACGAUUCAGCCUAACAACAAAGCGGCGAAAAAUGUCACGCCGUGCCAAUCUUAUAGGUAUUUGUGGCGUUAGCAGUCUCUGCAUAUUGCUGCUGAUAGCGACAACCCAACAUCGACCUGCCUCUAUGACCAUAUCUAACGGCAUGGCCGUUGGCGUUGGUGACAUAUCAGGCGUGCAAACAGGUUAUGUCGAUCGGCAUCAUGUGGGCACUGCGAGCGUGGCAUAUAAUAUGACUGCUACAAUAGCGGAUGUCCUGGCGGCGCAACGAACGAAGAUUCUUACUGAAAUGGAAAACUUCGAGUAUCCACAGGGACGUUUCGGUGUGGAUGCAGAAAAGUUAUCCGACAUGACACCUGAGACAAAUGGUACGCCAGUACGUAGCGUCAUCAUAACAACUUGGCGUUCGGGCUCUACAUUCUUGGGCGACAUAUUAAAUGCCAUGCCAGGGAACUAUUACCAUUACGAGCCGUUACUAUCGUUUGGAAUUAAUCAAGUGCGCGAUACGUCAGAAGGAAUCGAAGCGUUGCGUAUGUUACGACAGUUGCUCUACUGCAAUUAUACAGAUAUGCAGGAAUAUCUUGAUUACGGCAAACAGCAUUCGUAUUUAUUUGAGCAUAAUGAACGUUUGUGGAGUGUGUGCAAAGAGUUUCCACACUUUUGUUGGCAACCGAAAUUUCUUACACCCAUGUGUAAACUCUUCCCGAUGCAGAGCAUGAAGGUUGUACGACUACGAUUGUCACUGGCGAAAGCAUUACUUGAUGACAAUAGCUUGAAUGUAAGAAUGAUUUUGUUGGUACGCGAUCCACGUGGCACAAUGCAGUCGCGUAAGCAUCGCGAUUGGUGUGCUGGCAACAUAGAUUGUGAAAAUCCACAUUACGUGUGUCAAGAUUUAGUGGCCGAUUACCAUGCUGCUGUGGAACUGCUAAAGGAGCAUUCAUCACGUUUCAGAACUUUGCGCUAUGAAGAUCUCUCUCUGAAUACGUACGAUAUGACCCAAGAGGUGCUACAAUUCUACGGACUCCCAUUCGAUCCUCUCGUUGAAGAAUUUCUCGAUACGCAUACAAAAGUAAAUAUUGGUGGAGUUAGCUCGACGUAUCGGGACUCCAAAUCUGCACCAUUUCAUUGGAAACAAGAC